AUGGGGCGUCGACCAGCGCGAUGCUACCGCUACUGUAAGAAUAAACCGUACCCCAAGUCACGCUACUGCAGAGGAGUCCCCGAUGCGAAAAUUCGAAUUUACGAUGCCGGACGAAAGCGUGCCGAUGUUGAGGAGUUCCCGGGAGUGGCGCAUCUCGUCUCAGACGAGUACGAACAAAUAUCCUCUGAGGCACUGGAGGCCGCUCGUGUAUCAGCCAACAAGUAUAUGAUCAAGCACUGCGGCAAGGAUAACUUCCAUCUUCGCAUCCGUGUCCAUCCGUUUCACGUCCUGCGCAUCAAUAAAAUGCUUUCGUGUGCAGGGGCGGAUAGGCUGCAGACGGGUAUGAGAGGUGCAUUUGGGAAGCCUACUGGACUAGUGGCGCGAGUCAAUAUCGGCCAGAUACUCAUUUCUAUCCGAACAAGAUCGCACUUCGUGCAGUGCCAACGCCUCGACGUUUCGCGAAAAGUUGAUUACGCG